AUGGCGUACUUGAGCUACCUGUUAUACGGCGUCGGAGGAAUAGUGGUCGCCGGAAUGGCAUUAUUGGUGGCUUUCCAAGAGAAGCUCGUCUACGUGCCUGUCCUUCCCGGCCUCACUAAGUCUUACCCCAUCACUCCCGCUCGACUUCGUCUCCUUUAUGAAGACGUCUGGCUUAGAUCUUCCGAUGGUGUUCGGCUCCAUGCUUGGUUCAUCAAGUACACCUCUAACACCGAAGGUCCAACCAUCCUCUUUUUCCAAGAAAAUGCUGGAAAUAUUGCCCAUCGUCUUGAAAUGGUGCGCAUUAUGUUGCAACGGCUGCACUGUAAUGUCUUUAUGCUUUCUUACCGAGGUUAUGGAGCCAGUGAUGGAUACCCUUCACAACAUGGAAUUAUAAAGGAUGCACAGGCGGCCUUAAAUCAUCUGGCUCAAAGGACUGAUAUUGACACAUCUCGGAUUGUGGUGUUCGGGAGAUCACUUGGUGGAGCUGUUGGAGCAGUAUUAACUAGAAACAACCCUGAUAAGGUUGCUGGUUUAAUUUUGGAAAAUACUUUCACAUCCAUCCUUGAUAUGGCGGGAGUUCUUUUGCCUUUUUUGAAAUGGUUUAUCGGUGGUAAUGGUUCCAAAGGCCCAAGACCCCUUAACUUUCUUGUCCGAUCUCCAUGGAGGACAAUCGAUGUCGUCGGGGAGAUUGAACAACCAAUUCUUUUCCUCUCCGGAUUGCAAGAUGAGAUGGUUCCACCAUCCCAUAUGCAGAUGCUAUAUGCGAAAGCUGCGGCACAGAAUAGUCGGUGCAUAUUUGUAACAUUUCCUACAGGAAUGCAUAUGGAUACAUGGCUGGCGGGGGGUGAUCAAUACUGGAAAACUGUCCGAGAAUUUUUGGAACAGGUUGCUCCAGAGAGGCCAUCUGAAUCUUCCAGAAGGGGUUUUGAGGAGAAGUAA